AUGACACAGUGUCAGGUAACAGGAAGUGACGGAAUACGCUUACCGGAAACUACGUCACAUGAUUUUCAUUGUUAUGCAGAUGAUACUCAAUUAUAUCUAUCAAUAAAGCCUAAUGAAAUCAACCAGUUAACUAAACUACAAACAUGUAUUAAAGACAUAAAGACCUGGAUGACCUGUAACUUCCUGCUGUUAAACUCAGAAAAAACUGAAGUUAUUGUGCUUGGCCCUAAACACCUUAGAAACACAUUAUCCAAUGAUAUAACUACUCUGGAUGGCAUUACUUUGGCCUCCAGUACUACUGUAAGGAACCUAGGAGUUAUAUUUGACCAGGAUCUGUCCUUUAAUUCCCACAUAAAACAAAUUUCAAGGUCUGCCUAUUUUCAUCUGCGUAACAUUUCAAAAAUCAGACAUAUUCUGUCUCAAAAUGAUGCUGAAAAACUAAUCCAUGCAUUUGUUACUUCUAGGCUGGAUUAUUGUAAUUCAUUAUUAUCAGGCUGCCCUAACAAGUCUCUAAAGACUCUCCAACUGGUCCAGAAUGCAGCUGCACGCGUUCUGACAAAAACUAGAAAGAGAGAUCACAUUACUCCUAUUUUAGCUUCACUGCAUUGGCUUCCCAUAAAAUCAAGAAUAGAAUUUAAAAUCCUUUUCCUCACUUUUAAAGCUCUUACUGGUCAGGCUCCAUCAUACCUUAAAGAGCUCAUAGUACCUUAUGUACCUACCAGAACACUGCGCUCCCAGAACGCAGGCCUACUUGUGGUACCUAGUAUCUCUAAAAGUAGAAUGGGAGGCAGAGCCUUCAGUUAUCAGGCUCCUCUCCUGUGGAACCAUCUCCCAGAUUCGGUCCGGAGGGCAGACACCCUCUCUACUUUUAAGAGUAGGCUUAAAACUUUCCUUUUUGAUAGAGCUUAUAGUUAGCAAGCUCCUAGUUUAUGCUGCUAUAGGCUUAGACUGCCGGGGGACUCCUACCUCCACGAUGCACUGAGCUCCUCUUUCCUCCUCUCUCUCUCUCUAUAUCCAUCCAUCUAUAUCCAAUAACAUUCAUGUACUAUUAAUGCAUUCAGUAACCUACACUUCUUCCCCGGAGUUGUCUGUGCUUUCUCAUCUCACAGGCAAUCUGGGCCUGUAGACGUCCGGAUGACAGAUUCCAGUCCCGGACCUUCUAGCUUCAAUGUUUAUUUUCUAUGUGCUUCUCUCUCUCUCCUAUUCUUCCUCUCUCUCCCCUCUACCCCAACCGGUCGAGGCAGAUGGCCGCCCACUUUGAGCCUGGUUCUGCCUGAGGUUUCUUCCUGUUAAAAGGGAGUUUUUUCUUGCCAUUGUCGCUAAAUGCUUGCUCAUGUGGGAAUGUUGGGUCUCUUUAUAAAUUAAAACUUGAAGAGUACGGUUUAGAACCUGCUCUAUGUGUAAAGUGCCUUGAGAUAACUUUGUUGUGAUUUGGCGCUAUACAAAUAAAGAUUGAUUGAUU